AACAAGGGAGCAGAGAAGGGGUUUGACAUGAACGUGAUGGCUGCGUGGCAGAAGGGCUACACUGGUGCCGGCGUUGUCGUCUCCAUCCUCGACGACGGAAUUCAGACGGACCAUCCAGAUCUCGUCGACAAUUACGAUCCGAAGGCUAGUACGGACAUCAAUGACAAGGACGAUGACCCAUACCCUCAGGACAACGGUGACAACAAGCAUGGCACACGCUGUGCCGGCGAGGUCGCCUCCAUGGCUGGCAAUGACUACUGUGGUGUGGGCGUCGCCUACAAGUCAGGCAUAGGAGGCGUGCGCAUGUUGGACGGCGAUGUGAACGAUCACGUAGAAGCCAGCGCUCUCAGCCUCAACCCGCAGCACAUCGACAUCUACAGCGCGAGCUGGGGACCCGAGGAUGACGGACGCACCGUCGACGGACCAGCGAAACUCGCCACGCAAGCCUUCAUCAGCGGCGCAGAGAAGGGACGCAAUGGCAAGGGCUCCAUCUUCGUGUGGGCGUCUGGGAAUGGUGGUCUCCAUGGUGAUAACUGUAACUGCGAUGGCUAUACUAACAGCAUCUACACGCUGUCGAUCAGUAGUUCAAGCCAACGCAACAGAAAGCCCUGGUACCUGGAAGAAUGCACAUCAACUCUCGCCACAACCUACAGCAGUGGGCAGGAAGGCACUGACAAGGACAUUAUGACGACAGAUUUCAAGGAUAAGUGUACGGAGCGUCACACGGGCACGUCAGCGUCGGCUCCCCUCGCCGCCGGGCUGUGUGCGCUCGCGCUCGAAGCAAACCCGGACAUCACGUGGCGAGACAUGCAGUACGUCGUACUGAUAACAGCAAACCCAACGCCGCUGCUAGAACAUGGAGAGUUCACGGAGACGGCCAGCGGUCGCAAGGUGAGUCACAUGUUUGGCUAUGGCAUGAUGGACGCCGGGGCGAUGGUGGCGCUAGCAGAACAGUGGACCACCGUUCCCGAGAAACACAUCUGUAAGACGAAGGUGGACAUGACCCAGCACACCAUCCCGGCGAAGGGGGCGCUAGUAGUGCACCUGGACGUCGAUGGCUGCGCCAAGAUGGCCGACCAACAUGUGCGCUACCUAGAACACGUGCAGACGCAUGUUACCGUCGAAUUCCAUCGCCGCGGCGACCUGAACAUGAGGCUCAUCUCACCGAUGGGAACUAAGUCUACGCUACUGGGCAGUCGGCGUAGAGACAGCUUCAGCGAGUUCAAGGACUGGCCCUUCCUCAGCGUCCACUACUGGAGCGAGAAUCCAUCGGGGCAGUGGAGCCUGGAGCUGACCAACGUUGGCGACUCAUUCAACCACGGCACGCUCAAGUCCUGGUACAUAGUGUUCCAUGGUACGGCCAUCAAUCCAGUCCGCAUAAAGAAGGACGUUCAGCUGACCCUGACAACUCUACAGGGUGGCGGUGCAAACAGAGUAGACACUUCCUACAACAUGGAGAAUGGACUGUGUGUCAGCAUGUCCGGAGGGGGAGUACACACAGGGGCUGAGUCUACACUCUGCCUGCCAUGUCACAGCUCGUGUGUGACAUGUUCAGGCGGGUCGGAGAGAGAGUGCCUGAGCUGUCCCGACCAUUACUACAGUGAGAACGGCACCUGCACCCUGCACUGUUCACCUAGCUUCUACGAGGACGACGAGCAAUCAACGUGUCUCAG